GCGAGUCCAGCCCCUUGCAUCCUCCCCCUGUGUACCUCCCUCCUCUUUUUUUCCUCCUUCUGCCAGCAUAAGCAGCUACCGCAGCACCUGAGCCGCUACAGCCGCUGGCUCAGGACAGCGCUAUGGCUGAGCCUGGUCUCAACCCUCAUCCCUCUGCCGGAGGCGGAGGAAGAACUGAAAGGCGCACAUCUCGGCUUAUGUGGCUGCUGCUCUGGGCUGGGACCACCGUCCAGGUGACCCUAGGAACCGGACCCGAGCUUCACGCCUGCAAAGAGUCAGAGUACCAUUAUGAGUACACGGCGUGUGAUAGUACCGGUUCCAGGUGGAGGGUCGCCGUGCCGCACACCCCAGGCCUGUGCACCAGCCUCCCCGACCCCGUCAAGGGCACCGAGUGCUCUUUCUCUUGCAAUGCCGGAGAGUUUUUGGAUAUGAAGGACCAGUCCUGCAAGCCCUGCGCAGAGGGCCGCUACUCCCUUGGCACUGGCAUCCGGUUUGAUGAGUGGGAUGAGUUGCCUCAUGGUUUUGCCAGCCUCUCGGCCAACUUGGAAGUCGAUGACAGCAUCUCUGCGUCCACGGAGAACUGCACUUCGUCCAAGUGGGUUCCCCGGGGAGACUACAUCGCUUCCAACACAGACGAAUGCACAGCCACUCUGAUGUAUGCCGUCAACCUGAAGCAGUCUGGCACAGUUAACUUUGAGUACUACUACCCGGACUCCAGCAUCAUCUUUGAGUUUUUUGUCCAGAAUGACCAGUGCCAGCCCAAUGCUGAUGACUCCAGGUGGCUGAAAACUACGGAGAAAGGAUGGGAAUUCCACAGUGUUGAGCUAAACAGAGGGAAUAAUGUCCUCUAUUGGAGAACCACAGCUUUCUCAGUGUGGUCCAAAGUGUCCAAGCCUGUGCUUGUGAGAAACAUUGCUAUAACAGGGGUGGCUUACACUUCAGAAUGUUUCCCCUGCAAGCCUGGCACAUAUGCCGCCAAGCAGGGCUCCUCUUUCUGCAAGCUUUGCCCAGCCAACUCUUACUCAAAUAAAGGAGAAACUUCUUGCCAUCCAUGUGACGCUGACAAAUACUCAGAAAAAGGAUCUUCCACCUGCAAAGUGCGCCCACCCUGCACAGACAAGGAUUAUUUCUAUACCCACACAGCCUGUGAUGCUAACGGAGAGACACAGCUCAUGUACAAAUGGGCCAUGCCAAAAAUCUGUGGUGAGGACCUGGAGGGAGCAGUGAAGCUGCCCGCCUCUGGGGUGAAGACCCGAUGCCCACCCUGCAACCCAGGCUUCUUCAAAACCAACAACAGCACCUGCGAGCCCUGCCCCUACGGCUCCUACUCCAAUGGCUCUGAUUGUGCCCACUGCCCAGCAGGAACGGAGCCUGCAGUGGGAUUUGAGUACAAAUGGUGGAACACGCUGCCCUCCAACAUGGAAACUACUGUUCUCAGCGGAAUCAACUUUGAGUACAAAGGCCUGACAGGCUGGGAGGUGGCUGGUGACCACAUUUACACAGCUGUUGGAGCCUCAGACAACGACUUCAUGAUUCUCACUCUAGUUGUGCCAGGAUUUAGACCUCCACAGUCAGUGAUGGCAGACACAGAGAACAAAGAGGUGGCCAGAAUCACAUUUGUCUUCGAGACCAUCUGUUCUGUGAACUGUGAGCUCUACUUCAUGGUGGGCAUGAAUUCUAGGACCAAUACUCCCGUGGAGACGUGGAAAGGCACCAAAGGCAAACAGUCCUACACCUACACCAUCGAGGAGAACGCUACCGUGAGCUUCACGUGGGCCUUCCAGAGGACCACUCUUCAUGAAACCGGCAGAAAGUACACUAAUGAUGUUGCCAAGAUCUACUCCAUCAACGUCACCAACGUCAUGGGCGGUGUGGCCUCCUACUGCCGUCCCUGUGCCCUAGAAGCCUCUGAUUUGGGCUCCUCCUGCACCUCUUGUCCUGCUGGCCAUUACAUUGACCGAGAUUCUGGAACUUGCCACCUCUGCCCGCCUAACACCAUCCUGAAAGCUCACCAGCCUUAUGGUGCACAGGCCUGUGUGCCCUGUGGCCCAGGGACCAAGAACAACAAGAUCCACUCUCUCUGCUACAGUGACUGCACCUUCUCCAGAAACACUCCCACCAGGCUUUUCAACUACAACUUCUCAGCGUUGGCAGGCACUGUCUCGCUGGCAGGAGCGCCCAGCUUCACUUCCAAAGGGCUGAAGUAUUUCCAUCAUUUCACCCUGAGUCUCUGUGGAAACCAGGGGAAAAAAAUGUCCGUGUGCACAGACAACGUCACUGACCUCCGGAUCCCUGAGGGUGAGGCCGGCUUCUCCAAGUCCAUCACAGCCUACGUCUGCCAGGUGGUCAUCAUCCCCUCCGAGGUGACGGGCUACAAGGCUGGGGUGUCCUCACAGCCAGUCAGCCUCGCUGACCGGCUUAUUGGGGUGUCGACAGACAUGACUUUGGAUGGAAUCAUCUCCCCGGCUGAACUUUUCCACCCAGAGACCUCAGGGAUCCCGGAUGUAGUCUUCUUUUUCAGAUCCAAUGAUGUGACUCAGUCCUGCAGUUCUGGAAGAUCAACCACCAUCCGCCUCAGAUGCAACCCAAUGAAAGCUGCUCCUGGCACUCUGCAGCUACCCAGCAUGUGCUCUGAUGGGACCUGCGAUGGCUGUAAUUUCCAUUUCCUGUGGGAGAAUGUGGCUGCCUGUCCACUCUGCUCAGCCUCUGACUACCACACUUUUGUCAGCAGCUGUGUGGCUGGGAUCCAGAAGACUACGUACAUGUGGCGAGAACCAAAGAUGUGCUCUGGGGGCAUCUCCCUGCCUGAGCAGAGAGUCACCAUCUGCAAAACGAUAGAUUUCUGGUUGAAAGUGGGCAUCUCCGCUGGCACCUGCACUGCCAUCCUGCUCACCGUCUUGACCUGCUACUUUUGGAAGAAGAAUCAAAAACUGGAAUACAAGUACUCCAAACUGGUGAUGAAUGCUACCCUCAAGGACUGUGACCUGCCAGCAGCGGACAGUUGUGCCAUCAUGGAAGGGGAGGAUGUGGAAGAUGACCUCAUCUUUACCAGCAAGAAGUCACUCUUUGGGAAGAUCAAAUCCUUUACUGCCAAGCCGCCAGCUCCUGUCGCCAUCUCUCUUUCAGAGGACCCCUGAUGGAUUCGACUCGGUGCCGCUGAAGACGUCUUCAGGAGGCCCAGACAUGGACCUGUGAGAGGCCCGGGUCCUGCCUCGCCCGCCUCUCAUCUGGGCGCAUCACCCCGCUGCUGGGAAUCUCUUCAUCGUGGCCUUAUGGGAAGUUUGGAUUUCAGACCCUUGUUUUUUAUAGAGUACCCAAACCUUUCUCUCUGCUUGCCUCAGACCUACCAAAUAUACCCACACUUUGUGUUUCGUUUCCUUGCUUGUAUCUUGUGUCCUAAAAUAGUUCACACACACACACACACACACACACACACACACACACACACCCCGAGCCAUACUCUCCUUUGCUCAUAACUCUUAUAGCUCUGAAGUGAAAAUAGUUCCUUUUGAAGUAUAGGACUGACUUCUGGCCUCCCGUUUGAGGGCAGGCACAGCUCAAAGUUUUCUUGGUCAGAUAAAGGCUUUCGACUCACGAUCUCUUUAGGAGAGAGGCUGGGUGAGGGAAGGCUGGAGACGGACAGUCUUCCCAGCAGCCUGGGUUCAUUCCUUCUGGGUAGUGAGCUUGAACAGGGAGCAGUGGACAGUGUGGGGACAAGGUGAGUCGAAGCCCGUGUAAGAAAAGACUGGGAAAAAAACACAAAGGCAAGAAAGAAGGGAUUUUGUUUGUUCUAUUUUAUAACCUGAAACCUCAUUUCCUUCUCUUAAGUGAUAAAUAUUCUCACUAAAGGCAAAGGAGAUUAUUUAUUUAUUUAUCAAGAACUUGCCCAAAGCCCUAGUAGACCUAUUCUCCACAGCUGAUUUUUUUUUUUUUUAAAUGUCCCUUCCAUCUCCUUAGGACACUAGAAAGAACCAGGUAAGUCGAGCUUUAUCUUCUAUGGACUUCACUGGGAGAUAGUAAACACUUGCCAGCGAGGAACCGCCCAUCCGUGAGCACCUCAGUCCUAGGGCAUCAUGGGAUGCAGCAUCUUAUUUGGAAAGAACACAGGAGGCCAGGGUUUUAAUGGGUGGUACUAGGGACUCCAGCCCACGAUGACAUGGACCAGUUAUGGUCAUGAUAUCUGCUAGGUCACAGAGGUACUAACUUGUAGACUGCCCAGGAAGGGACUGCAUGCAAGGCAGAUACUGACCAGUCUUCAGGGAGGAAAACCAGGGAUGUUUUAAAGGUCUGCACCCAACUGAGGGACUCGUCACCCCGGCCUCUGUCCUAUCCUCGUUUCCACUGUGCACUAAAACUCUAAAAGACUCCGGGCCUCCAUUUCUGGUGACACCCCUUUGAAAGGUGAGUAGACUAGGUGCCGUCUCACAGACAGAGUGGGUUUCUUCUGCCCAUCUCCUCAUUUUACUCAGCUAUAAUUGAUGAAGUAUCUAGAAUAGAAAAAAAACAGAAAAUUUUCCACUUGACUUUUUCUUCCUGCUCCUGGGAAUUCUACCUCUUUCAUCCCAUGCCAGAAUGGCCAUCCCUUGGUUGAGCUCCAGUUCCUCAUGGUCUACACCUGUGCCCUUUCCCCAGUGACAGGUGAUUGGCAUAAAACAGAGAGGCAUUUCUGAGUGGUUUGUCAGCCAAAAAAAGCGGCUUGCUCAUCUGCUACUCAUGGCUGCCCUGGUGAUGGUUUCUAAGAAUCAGAAAGAAAUGAAGCUAUGCCAUGACUUCUGACCAUCAGAGGCAUCCACAGUGACUAAACAUAAAAACUUUUCUUUGGGUAUCCAACCUGUCCCUGAUUGUGUGAUUCUCAGGCCUUGACCAUGCUGGAAUUGUCUUGAGUGGAUAUGUACACAUAGGCCAUGAACUCAUGGCUAGUCUCCUGCAGCCUCUUGGGUUUCUGUGGUGAAGACCACAGGAGAUAACUUAGACUAUUCUGUAAGAAGUAGAAAAAAAGUUCAUCUCUUUGGACUUCUUAUUAGGAUCUCUUAGAAUUGAGUACCCCAACCCCAAGCAUCCUCAGACUGCACUGAUUGUAUGAUAGCAUUUUUAGGAUCUCUCCUCUACUCCUUACUGGGGUGCUUCCUAAAGGAAGAGGGUCACCUGUCACUUCUCUAGCAGUUCAGCAACUUCAGAUAAUUUCAGUAGCUCUACUAAUAUAUAAUUUACAGACUGCAUAAGUCACCCUUUCAAAACAUACAAUUCAGUGACUUAGUUUUCUGUGCUGAAGAUGAACCCCAGGGCUUCUCACAUGCUAGGCAAAGAGCUCUACCACCGAGCUACAUCACUGGCCAUGAACAUACAGUUUAGGACAGACACAUUAGCCCUUGAGCCAGGCCUGUGGUAGCUUGCAUAAGUUUUAGGGGCAGAGCAUUGGCUCAGAAGAUAGUGUGUAAACUCCAUAUGGAUAUCUAGAAUCCUAAAUGAUAAUUUCAUCCUGCAGUCAUCCCUGUAUUUGGCUGGGAAUACAAAUGAAGAUUGUGGUAUAUCUAAGGACCAGGGGAUUUCUUAUGCCAUCAAAACUUUUUUUUUUGUCUAACUCUAUAUUAAAGCUAAAAUUGACUAUAUUUAUAUAACAGAAGCUUUGUAAAAGAUUUUUCAGCUUUGUGAAAUCAUAUUGGUGUCUCAUCAGGAUGGGUUGGAUUUCCUUUUUAUUCUGUAUCCCAUGCAUUUAUAGUUUGUUAGGGAUGGGUGUUGCAUGUCAUUUUUUUAAAAAUAAAAACAUACCUUUUGAA